CUGCCAGUGUGGUUGUUGGCUUGAGUUGAGCUGUAGGCUGGUUGUCCAGUUGGGGUGAAUGUAGAGAGAAAAAAAACGUCCGGUAAAAGUUUUUAUCGCCUGGCGGAAGAAGAAGUUAUUUAUUUUGAACAUCACUGACAAGUUUUAAUAUAUUCACUUCGCAUCACAAGCUAGAAACCGGCACGGUUGCAACUCGUUACUAUAGCAAAAAAAUCCACCAGAUUUAUUCCCCAAAGUGGGCACGCAUUUCAAUCUCUGAGACCAAUGGAAAAAUAAAUCAAUAAAAAUGCCACGUAAUGUUGUGCUAAGAGAGAUAACGUUCUACCCGGAUUAUUGCCAACUUGGAACAGUUUUUGGAAGCUGGUUACGGUAACUGAUUAAACAGUAAUUUUUUUUUCCUAAAACGAUUGGCACUAAACUGGUCCAGGAAAAUAUCGUACCACAGGUCAAACAAGAAGCUCGUAUUAGAAAAAGGGUAUUGUUGAACGCGCCUGGUCCAGCACAUGAGAAACCGGAUUGAUCUCGUUAUAGUUAGGAUGUUCUCCUUUUACCAUACGAUUUGUGUCCUAUUGAGUGGCUUUGUGUCUUUUCCAUCGGUCGUAUUCGCUUCUCAGCAAAAUGUGAUUUACGCAAUAAACGCCGGUGGGGAAGCUCACAUCGAUUCACAUGGAAUUAAAUACGACAGAGAUCCGUUGAUGGGAAAAAUCGGUACCGAAUCGGAUUACGGUAAGCAGCUGCUAAUGAUCAAUCGAGUCAAACCGAACGAUGAAGUAUUGUAUCAAACGGAGCGAUACCAUCAUGACACCUUCGGGUACGAUCUUCCCAUCACCGGCGAUGGAGAAUAUGUGCUAAUACUAAAAUUUUGCGAGGUGUACUUCAAUGCACCCAAUAUGAAAGUUUUCGAUGUGCUGCUGAACAACCGACAUAUGGUUAUUACGGAUUUGGACAUAUUUUCGCUGGUUGGCAAAGGGACAGCACAUGACGAGUAUGUGUACUUUACUGUUUCGCGAGGAAAAUUAUUUUUCAAAGAAGAAGAUUCCGAGAUUCGUGGUGGCAAAGUGAAACUAGAGUUUCUGAAGGGUUAUAAGGAUAAUCCAAAAAUCAACGCCAUCGUGCUGCUUAAAGGUUACGAUGACUCAAACCUGCCAAGACUAACUCCGCUCGCCAGUGAACAACCGGUGCAAGAAAGUUAUGGUGGAGAUUCGCUAGCCGCCGACUCCGUUGCAGAUGGAGAUGUACUUACCGACGGGAAAAGUAAACAGCGAAAAACUAGUGGCCCAAAGCAACCCAAUCCGUACUCUUUGGAUGAAUCGUCUAUGAUGCUGCCAGUUUUCAUUGCCAUCGGGGCAUUUAUACCACUAUUAUUUUGUUUGUGUCGACUGUGAUUUAUUUUCGGAAAAUUUUCUUUUUUUUUUGGGUUUUGUUUUAAGCAGGUAUCAGUAGAAAACUGGGCAAUUGUUUGUAACAUAACGUAUGUCCGGUGCUGGCGGUUGACAAGAUUGUUGAAAUAUUUUUAAUUAGUGAAUGCAAUUUUGAUAUUUAUAAUGUAUCAACUUAAAGCAGUACCUUCGCAAGGUCGGGAGGAAUGUUUCAGAAAACGAUGGUAUUCAACUUUUAGAGUUUAGUUUUUCAGGCAGUCGAAAACAAUAGCUGUAAUGACAUCAGAUUGCCAAUUGAUUUAAUUUACAGCAGCUAAAAUUGUCGUACAUAGCUCAACAGGAUAGAGACAAAUUACAACGGCGCACAAAUUAUUAGCAGCGUUUCUAUCCGCUCAAAUCGAUGGCGACGGCCGUUUCUUACCAAUAGCAAUGAAUAUUUUACCACUAAACAAAAAACUGAUAUAUUACUUAUAUAGUGCUAGAACGUGAAAAGCUCAAAAAUAUGUUAGUUGUUGAAUGCUGAUAAAUAAGUAUAAUAGGGGUAAGCCAACUGGCACAGUUUUAAAGGCACUAAACUACAAACAGCUGUGAGUCGUACUUAUGUUAUGGUAGGUUUUGUUUCUUCUAUUUGAUUUAGAUACCUACAACGAAAUAAAUUAUAGUAAGAGCAGCCCCGACCCGACUAGACCCUAACUUCUAGAUCAUAGUUUGAAAAGAGUCAUUUUUUAUGAGCACAUUCUUUUUAAUUUAUUAUUAGUGAUAUAAGAGAAAACCAAGAAAUUAUUCAUUUCGCCAGCCCGAACCUUUGAACCAAUAAAAAAAGAUUUGUAUUGCG